UUUGGAUUUGAGAUAACGUUUGUUGUUAGCUGUCGUGUUUCAAGACUCUGAUAAUAUUUUUCUAAAUUGAAUUGCUUUGGACCACGUAUCAUGUAGCAAUAAUUUUUUUUAUCCUUCAAAAAUAUGGCUGAAUUGAUAACCUCAGCAAAGCGGGGAUUUCAGAACAUCAGUCCGGCGAGGAGAGAGGACCCUAACAAGGAAAAUGAGAUUCCGGUUCUGAGUCUCAUUCAGUUUUCAAAGCCACCUUUUGUUACUUUUGGCACUGUUAAGGUGGGCACAUCGAAAUCGGCUGUUUUACAAAUUGUUAACCCGACUGACUAUGCCGAAGCGGAGGUUGUCGUGGAAAAGAUCCCCUCCAGUAAAGGCUUUUCUGUGGACCAUGACACGUUCACGAUCCAGCCUGAGAGCUCAUUCAGUUUGACAAUAAGUUGGACUCCAGCAGAGGAAGGUGGGGUCAGGGAGCUCCUCACAUUCAAUGCCAAUGGGGUCCUUAAACACCAGGCUGUCUUACUGGGAAGAGCAGAGGCCCCCAAAAAGAAAAAGAAGAGCUUAUGGGAUUCAAUCAAAAAUAAGGGGAUGGAAAAACCCCAAACGUCUAUGAGAAUGACAUGUCCUGGGAAGAUGGCACCAAACAAAACCUUCCAAGUAUCCCGGCAGCCUCAGUAUAAGCGGGAAAAGCCCCGCAGCCCACUGGCUUCGCUCUCUGAGACACAAACUGUUAAAGAGAGAAUCCUUAUUAAGGACAGACCCUUUCACCAUCGCUGCUUAAAUUCAGCCGAGCAGAAGGCAUCAAAACCGGCCCAUGGAGAUGUUGUCCUGUCAGAUCAGAAGAACUCCCCUGUUGUCCUGCUUGUCCCGUCCGCAAAGCUCGUCCACUCUGGCAGCCUGUCUACUAACGCUAAUAGCAUGGCGGAAAAUCCUAAAAACAAGGAACUCUCUAAGGUGUUUAACAGGACUCUGUCUCCGAUCGGUACACCUGAGGUGCUGAAAAAGCUGAUGCCUCGCAUCGAUUCGGGAAGCCCACAGAGUUCUGCUCAUGUUGGUGGUGUGGCACCUGAACCCAAUCUUCCAUCUCUAAACGACGCCCUGGCUCUGAUAGGCUCUGAUCUCUCACAUAUUGACAGUAGUCCAAGAAAUACCAGUUCUAGCUGUGAGUUUUCUGAUUCUUUGGAGUCUAAGAGUGGGAAUGGUGCCUGCGGUGCUGAAGCGAUGUUGGCUAGCCCGGAGCUGCCCCAAUCUCAUGAGCCAAGGCUCACGUUUUUCGUCAGCAAAAAAGUGGUUUUAAAGGAGGAAAAAGUAACAGAAAAGGCAAAGAUUUCAUUCACAUCUGCCACUGUGACUAAAACCAAAGCAUCUGUGGAGGUCGGCAGUCCAGGGGGGAGGAAAAUAAAGAAGUCUCGUCGCCGACUUCUGGAGAAAACGCUUGAACUCUCUGAUGGCGGCAGCCAGAGUGACUCGGGUCCGGGAACUCCGAGCCUGCCAGUCAUAGAUACAGAGACAAAAACUACACCGAGUGAUGCUAAACAUCAAAUCCCAGAGUUCACUUCCUCCAGCCCCAAUUCAAGGCUUCCCAUCUCCCCUUUAACCAAAACCUUUCCGACAUCCACCCUACCAGACACCGCGCCUUCUCCCAUUUCGUUCUCGGCCACCUCAUCGCCUCUUGCGAUCCCCGCUCCAACAACACCCACCAUCACCUCAUGGAGCUCAUCGCCACCUCUGUCCAGUGUGUCCAUGGCCGUUUCUGUUCAGGAAGAUUUGUUUCCUGUUCAGCUGGCACUGAAAGGCAAGAAGAGGAAGAGUGAGGAGUACUUGAAAACUCAUUCAAAGACCGAAGACUCUGGGAAGGAGCAGGUAAAGAGGAACAGGGUUGGGAAGGUUGAUCCCCCACCUUCAGUACGCAGCAAAAGAGACACAUCUCAGCAGCAGAGAGUUGUGACAAGCUCAGCCCAAACUGUGACGACUAAAUCUCUGAGGAUGGGAAGGUCUACUGCUGGUGCCCAGGCUAAACGUCCAAGCUCCAGAGUCAGCUCACAAAGCUCUCUAAAAGCCUCAGGUUCACAUUCUGUGAGGAUCUCAAAAGUAGCUGCUGUUGCUCAGGCAAAGCUAACCUUCAUCAAACCUGUACAAACUGCUUUACCAAGGCACCCGAUGCCGUUCGCUGCAAAAAACAUGUUCUAUGAUGAAAGGUGGAUAGACAAGCAGGAGAAAGGGUUCACCUGUUGGCUGAACUACGUCCUCACCCCCGAUGACUUCAAGGUCAUCACUGAAGUACCUGAAGCAAGCGCCGUCUCACUCGCCUUCGGCAGCGAGGAUAAAUUCCGUGUGCCGAAAGCCCCCACCAAGGAGGAGAUGUCUUUUAGCACCUACACAGCUAAGCGGAAGCUCAACCGCCUCCGUCGCUCUGCCUGCCAGCUCUUCACUUCUGAUUCCAUGGUCAAAGCCAUUCAGAGGCUGGAGCUGGAGGUGGAGGCCCGGCGGCUAUUAAUCCGCAAAGACCGCCACCUCUGGAAAGACAUAGGUGAGCGUAAAAAGGUCCUGAACUGGCUGCUAUCAUACAAUCCUCUGUGGUUAAGGAUCGGGCUGGAGACUAUUUUUGGGGAGAUGAUUGCUCUUGAAAGCAACAGCGACAUCUUGGGCCUGGCUACGUUCAUACUCCAGCGGCUGCUCUGGAACCCAGACAUUGCUGCAGAGUUCAGACACGCCCGGGUGCCCCACCUAUACAAAGAUGGCCAUGAGGAGGCGCUGUCCCGCUUCACACUGAAGAAGCUGCUCCUGCUUGUGUGUUUCUUAGACAAAGCCAAGGAAUCUCGUCUGAUCGAACACGAUCCUUGUCUGUUCUGCAUCGAUGCAGAAUUUAAGGCGAGUAAAGACCUGCUGCUGGCCUUCUCAAGAGACUUCCUGAGUGGAGAGGGGAUUCUUCCUCGGCACCUCGCCUACCUCGGGCUACCCGUGUCCCACGUGCAGACGCCCCUCAACGAGUUCAACUUUGCUGUGAAAAAUUUGGCAGUUGACUUGAAAUGCGGCGUCCGUUUAGUGCGUGUGAUGGAGCUGCUCGCUCAGGACUGGAGUUUGUCCGCAAAGCUCCGCCUGCCUGCCAUCAGCCGCCUUCAGAAAGUGCACAAUGUGGACAUAGCUUUGCAAGUGCUCAAAGGCAAAGGGAUUGACCUCAAGGAUGAAAGUGGGUCCAUCAUUGACUCAAGAGACAUUGUGGAUGGGCACAGAGAAAAAACCCUGAGUCUCCUGUGGAAAAUCAUCUUUGUGUUUCAAGUGGAGGUUAUCCUAGAUGAGGAUCAGCUCAGGGAGGAGAUCGAAUUCCUGAAGAAAACUCUGAGGACCAAGCGUAGACUGGCUCUUUUGAGGGCCGACAAGGGCUGCCAGCCGAGUCCAGUGAAGGCCAGGGUGCCGUACAAACAUACGAGCAGAAAGAUUACUCUGCUGAUGGACUGGGUCUGCGCCGUGUGUGAGUUCUACCACCUAAAGGUGGAGAACUUCACUGUGUCGUUCUCUGAUGGCCGCAUCCUCUGCUUCCUUCUUCACCACUACCACCCCGGUGUCCUACCGGAAGCAUCCAUCAGCCACAGCACCACACAGACCGUGGAGUGUUCUCCGAGGGGCCGGCUGGAGCUGAACAGCUCAGUUAGCGACUCAGACGGCUCCUUUGAUUUUGGACCAGCAGACCUGCAGGGACAGGAUUCUGCAUCUCUGAAGUUUAAAGAGCUUCUGGAAAAUGAAAAGAACAACUUUAAACUCGUCAACUCAGCAGUGGCUUUCCUGGGUGGCGUACCAGCCAUGAUCAACCCCGCUGACAUGUCCAACACCAUCCCCAGCGAGAAGGUUGUGAUGUCAUACCUGUCGUUUCUCUGCGCUCGCCUCUUGGACCUUCGGACUGAGACCAGAGCAGCGCGGCUCAUACAGGCUGCAUGGAGGAAACACAAACUGAAGAAAGAUCUGCUGCUCUAUGAGGCGAGAAACAAGGCAGCCCUGAAAAUCCAGGUUGUGGUGAGACGUUUCCUGAUGAAACGUAGAGUUAAGCGCCAGAAUGAAGCUGCCAUCGUCAUUCAGUCAGCCUGGAGAAGACACUUGGCUCAGAACUGGCUGAGAAAGCAAAAGGAGGCUCAGCUUCGGGAUUUGCAGCAUAAAGCAGCGUCUGUCAUCCAGGUAGGUGCUGAAGAAGGUCUGUGAAGACAGAGUAA